CCCCGCCCCCUCCCCAGCCGAUAAAGGCCAGGCCAGGCUGGGACGUGCUGCGCUUGCUCUCCGGUCCAGCAACUGAUUCAGAGUACCCCUGUGGCCCAGCCAUGAGGCUCCUGCUCUCGCUCCCGGUCCUGGUGGUGGCUCUGUCGAUGGUUUUGGAAGGCCCAGCUCCAGCCCAGGCCGCCCCGGACUUCUCCAGCACCCUGGAGAGCAUCCCGGGGAAGCUGAAGGACUUCGGCAGCACCGUGGAGGAGAAGUUCCGGGCAGCCAUCGACCAAGUCAAGAAGAGCGAAAUUCCUAAGAAGACCUGGUCCUGGCUUUCUGAUACAUUCAGCAAAGCGAAAGAGAAGAUUGAAAGUACCUUCUCCUGAACACCGGGAGGGCUGCCCCUCUCCUCUGUGGCUGUGUCUGAGGAGGGGGCUCUAAAGUUUCCCAAUCCCCCAACCCCUGUGCUGAGGACUUUCUCCAUGAUGCCCCAUGUCCCACCACCAAUAAAAUUCCUAUAAAGAA